AUGUCUUCUCCGGAGGAACAGAGGAAGCUUUCGCGCUCUUCUGAGGAGCUCGGCGGCAGUGAUCCGCAAGGUGCCGAGGCAGAGAACAUGGAUGAAGCACAUUUUUCCGGAGACUUCGACGCUGCAAGUGGAUCGACACCUUUUUACUGCUCGGAGAUAAAUUUCAAUGAGAUCUCUGACACUUUAUCCAUAGCAUCUGGAAUCAGCUCGUACUCAUCGGCAUCCAGGCUCCGGAGAUCACCCAAACCGCCGGUGAAGGGCAGCGUUGUCCGUCACGUUCAUCUUCGCCAAAUAGGGGCGCAGCUCCAACGUGCGUUCGAAGUUGGCGAAAUCGGGUCCCCGUCAGCCAUGGCCGUUUCUACUUUGGUCGCUAUCGGAACCUCGAAUGGAGUUACCCUAGUUUUCGAUUCGGAGCAAACGCUGAAGUGCAAAUUAGGCAGCGCGGAGAGCGGGCAUGGCUUGGUUUCAGCUGUAUCAUUCAACACGGAUGCGAGUCGAGUGAUCAUAGGACAUUCAAAAGGACAUAUGACGAUGUGGGACACAUCAAAUGGGAAGCUUCUCCGAAACUUAGCCGAGGUACACUCACCAGGCCACGGAGUUCUCCUACUAUCGUUCACAGAUGAUCCAACGAUAGCCGUAGUCACGGACACGGGAGGCUCUGUCUUCGAGAUCGCCUUCAAGAAGCUCCUGACCUCGAGAUCUUACGAAAGCGAAUGUAUCUUCUCCGGAAGUCGCGGUGAGGUUUGCGCUAUGGAGCCGUUGCGUGUACCGAAGAAGUUUCGGGGCCAUCCCGUCGAGAACCUCUCCCUCGUCGCCUUAGGAACGGUCACCAAAUGCAUAGUCAUCCAUCUCAAACCGUUGGUGACCGUUGUCUUCACGCAUCAGCUUAGGGCGGAAACCGACACUAUACCUGUGCUCGCUUGGCAGUUUUCGUUCUUCCAAGAGGGUGCUCGUAAGGUUUGCUCUCCUGUUCUGGCCUUUGGGAGGAAGUCCAUCAUUUAUCUCUUCCGAGUGCAUACCCAUGGGAACAAUAAGGUCACAUUUGAACCGCUGCCGACGCUCCAAGUCUCCUACAUUAUUCGGAACAUAUGCUUCAUAAACUACAAGACGCUGGCGAUUCUGGAUCAGAAAGAAACAUUGCGCUUCUUGGAUGCUCGACUGGACGAACAGGUUGAAGCUAUCGAUUGUUCGGAACUCGACAUCGUCUACGAAGGAAGUCGCUACAGAGCAGAAGACACCGGCGGGAACGUCAGCAAAGCCAUGGCUGUAAUCGGGGAGACCGCGUGUUCGAAUACAAUGGUCUCCUUUGGGAGUCAGUGCCUGAUACUCGGGGGACGUGGGAUUCACAUUUAUUCGAUUCGAUCAUGGACGGACCGAGUGAAUUUCUUCUCAAAGCAAAAAAUGUACUCCGAAGCAUUGAGAUUCGCUAUUUCGUACUACAACGAUGAAAUCGAAUCGACGAGUUCCAAUCGCGUGAUAGAGAUAGUCACACCGAAGACAGAGAGGAGUCAAGCACUUGUCGCCGAGAAGAUUGCACUCUUGAUUGAAGAAUUCGCCCUGUACCUCGUCGGCCGCGAAGGACAGAAAAUCGACAACCUCUUGACUUAUUAUGCACAGAACGUGCCCUUAUGCAUCCACUAUGCGGUCAUUCUGCCAUCGAAGUAUCAAAUCCUCGACGCUUUGUACGAGCUUUUCGCUCAAGAUCCCAUGGCAUUGACCGUCUUCCUAUCAAGCUUGCAACCCUACAUCAGCGGCGGUGACCUCCCGGAAAUGAACCCUGUCAUAAUUAAGGAUUUCGUCAAUCUGUUGAGCUGUGAAAACAAAUUCGGAGAACUGGAGAGGUCCUUGGUCCAGCUGGCAAUAACAUCAAUCGAUAUUCAUCAGGUCAUGACUGUCUGCAAAGAGAACCGACUGUACGACGCGAUUAUACACAUACACAAUAAAGCCAUGUUAGAUUACACUGGGCCGAUCGAAGAAAUGGUGGAUAUCGUUGCUGCUCCCCUCAACGAGAAACGAGAGCCGAACUACGCUGAAAUCGAGGUCGGCAACAAACUUUUCGUCUACAUAAGCUGUUGUCUCGCUGGAGCAGCCUACCCCUGUGGGGAGUUGGAGCCAGACGUCGCGCGCCGCACCAAAGAAGCAAUCGUCGAGUAUUUGACGGUCUCAGUGCCUCCCCAUAGUCGUCGCGGACCAUUCUACUGUCUCCGGACUCUUCUGCAUUUCAACGCACGAGAAUUUCUGAACGUACUUUCACUGGCUUUCGAAGACGAACGAUUCGAAUCAGCAGAAGACCAGGGCCUUGAGGAAACGGACAGCUCUCCGAGCCCCUUUCUCGUGGUGAAUCAACAUCGGCAGCGUAUUGUAGACAUUCUCUUGCAACUCAUGGUUCGCGAGGAGGGGUUCGAAACUCAUGAAAUGGGUGCACUUUUCACAUUCCUCGCCAGACAAAUGGCCAAGCGGGAAGGCUCAAUACAAGUUGAUAAGCAGCUGUUCGAGCAGGUUGUUGAGUAUCUGACCAGCGUAGAGGACGAAAGCCGCAUGGAGGAGCGUCAGCAAGCCAUGAUGGAACUUCUGACCAGUGGCGGCUUGAACGAUAUCCCUGUGGACCGGUUGCUGGAGCUCGCCGAGCCCGCCAGAUUUUAUCGAGUUUGCGAACUACUCUACGAGAGACAGCGGCGAUUCGAUAAAGUUCUACUAUGCUACCUCAACGAUCCUGCGCGUCGCGUGCAGAGCUUCUCUUACGUGAUGCAGAUCCUGAACAGCGCCGACACCAAGCCGCACGAGAAAGAACAGCUCGAAGCGCAGGUGGUGAACGUCAUCGAGGAGUUCAUCCAAGUGGACGCCGUCGCCACCGCGGCCCUUGUGAUAGAUCUCCUCCCCCGACAUGUCAAUACAAUGCUAACCAAGCUCGAAGGCAUGCCUGAGACGCAGUACCACUUCCUAGACGGGGCUUAUAAAGUAGCCACGGGUGAAUGUCAGAAUGCCAUUUCGGUCAAAGAUGCAGAGACUGUUACCAUGUCUCCGGACAUCCAGGAGAAAUACGUGGAGCUGAAAUGCAUGUUCGAUCCUAAUGGGGUGCUGGCGUUUCUAAAAAGUAUCGAGUACUUCCGUGAGCACGAGGUUCUAGUCAUCUGCAGGUCGCACGACGUGCACGAAGCGACUGCGUUUCUGCUAGAGAAAUUAGGCGAAACACGAGAGGCAUUUGAAAGCUAUCUGUCUCUAGUUAGCGACUGCAUUCAGCGUUGGCUCGAGAGUCUGGAGAGCAUUGCGCCCCCGGCGAAUUGCGACGCGGUGUCGGAUACUUUGGGGAAAGUGGUUUAUUUCCUGCAGAGGAACUGCGCUAGUUUAGAGAUUGAGGAAAGGGAAACAAUGUGGUUCCGACUGCUGGAUGUCCUUAUGGUGCCUCAGAAAAAUUCCUUCGAUCGCGUCGAUCUCAAAGAGCUUACUUCUUCUCUACUGAAUGCGAUGAUGGGUUAUGUGACACCGCAUUCGAUCCUCACCAAAGUCAUGUCCGAUCCCGUGUACAAUCUCAGUGAAUUUAAGGAGGUGCGACGUUUCAUCGGAGCUAUGAUAGAAACCUACAAUUUCGAGCAGAUCAUGCUUUCCACGACGAAUAACCUGAUACAAGGGGACGUUUCGUGUAAGCUCAUGGACUUGAAAAAACUCGCCAACCGAGCAGUGGUGGCCCCUGUCGCCAGCUGCGCGUCCUGUAUCAAGAGCUUCUCUACAUCCGAUGUGCAAGAAGUUAUCGUGUUCCGUUGCGGUCAUGCAUACCACCGGGAGUGCAUUGACCAUAAACUGGAAGCGACGUCAGCGGCCGAGCUGAAAUGCCUAAAAUGCGGGAGGAUGACGUCGCUCUUCUUUCUCCAAAACCAUGAUGUCAAACAGUUCAAGAGCCAGCGGAGAGUCAGGAUAAUCCAACCGAAGUUGAGACCUCGCGAGGACUAUCUCCAGAAGAAAGAAUCCACGACUGUUUUCUCGACACUGUCUCCCGCGCAAAUCGAGGCUUUGGACAAUUUCAAGGCUAGUCAGCAGAUUCCUCCGGACGAGUUGCGUACGCGAACGAUGACGCUCCUCUCGCGGGAUGACUUCAGACUAAAACUCUGCCCAUCUCCCGACAAUCCCCGUGCCAUGGAGCUGCUCAGCUAGAUUCUAAGUCAUCCAAGAUCCCGGCUGAUAAAUAUUCGAGAGGGAAAGUAAUAUAUGGAGCGUCAGCAUAGAAGUGGUCCCAUGCCGUGUUCGAUAUAUGAUGCGCCGACAUCAAGAUUUCGGAUGGGUUUAGGCGGAUGGACCAUGCCAUGAGAGCUCCUGGAUCUGAAAUUCUGUGGAAACAGUAUUGAGAUACACCAGUAUGAGUCGGGGGCGCUUCCCGGUGUUUGUCCCAGGACCUUUUAGCUUUAUGUCCCAUUUCAUGUUGACGCCAAGGAACACAAUAAAACAGAGACUUUGCGAGAAAACUUGACAAU